AUGGAAAACCUGUCAGAGGAGACUCCAAAGAAACAAAGUGGUCUGAAGCAAGUGAUUCUGGACAAGAAAACUUCUGCUGGGCACAGAGGCCAUGAGUGUGUUGACAUUGGCAAAAAAAUCCACCGUGGCAUCUGCAGACCCAAGAAGGCAUGCAGUGAGGGUGAGGGCAAACGUCUCCCAGUUCUAAUUCAACACCCCCCAAGUCUGAAUAGGGUAGAGAAAUCCUGGGAUUGUGAAGAAUUGGACAAGACUUUCAGCCAGAAUGCACAAAUGAGCCCACAUCAGAGAAUUCACACAGGAGAAAAAACUUACAGAUGUAAGAUCUGUGAAAAGUCCUUUACCCAGUAUUCAUACCUUGUUAAUCAUGAAAGAAUGCAUAAUGGAGAGAGACUUUAUGAAUGUAAGGAAUGUGGGAAAGCCUUCAACUGGAAGUCAUACCUCAUUGGACACCAGAGGAUUCACACUGGAGAGAAGCCCUAUGAAUGUAAGGGAUGUGGAAAAGCUUUCAGCCAUAGCUCAGCCCUGAUAGCCCACCAGAGAGUUCACACUGAAGAGAAACCCUAUCGAUGUAAGGAAUGUGGGAAAGCCUUCAAAUGGAAGUCAGGCCUCAACCAACAUCAGAGAAUUCAUACUGGAGAAAAACCUUAUCAAUGUAAGGACUGUGGGAAGGCUUUCAACUGGAAGACUCCCCUCAUUCAACACCAGAGAAUUCACACUGGAGAAAAGCCUUAUAAAUGUGGUGAAUGUGGGAAAGCUUUCAGCCAGAACUCAGCUCUUAUUGUACAUAAGAAUAUUCAUACUGGAGAAAAACCAUAUCAGUGUAAGGAAUGUGGAAAAGCUUUCCACUUGAAUUCACACCUCAUUCAACACCAGAGAAUUCACACUGGAGAGAAACCUUAUGAAUGUAAAGACUGUGGGAAAGCCUUUAGCCAAAGCUCAUCCCUUAUUAUACACCAGAGGAUGCAUACUGGAGAGAAACCUUAUGAAUGUAAGGAAUGUGGGAAAGCCUUCAGUAGGAGCUCAUCCCUGUUUGAACAUCGGAGAGUUCAUACUGGAGAGAGACCUUUUAAAUGUGAGGAAUGUGGGAAGUCCUUUAAUAGGAAUUCAUAUCUCAUUCAGCAUCAGAAUUCUCAUUGGACAGAAACCCUAGGAAUAUGA